AUGACUAUCUCGACAUUGGCCAGAACCGUCUCUUUCGCAGCAAUUGUCGCCUCCUCAGGCGUACAAGCGCGCUCUAAUAUCACCAUUGACGACUGGAGUUCCCUUCCCCCAUCCCCAGAUCUCCACUGGACCCCAUGCUUCCAGAACUAUACAUGCGCUAGGCUAGAAGUGCCCCUUGACUACGGGGAUCCCUCGCGCGGAACCACGGCCAUCGCCUUUCUGAAGCUCUCUGCUUCCAAUAUAACAGCCGAUACGCGCAGCGUGCUUGUCAAUCCAGGCAGACCAGGAGGCUCCGGCAUCGACGUCGUGCUCUCGCAAGGCCCAGACCUAGGUGAAAUCGUUGCCGGCGGCCAGCACAACAUCGUCGGCUUCGACCCGCGCGGCGUUGGCCGCAGUGGCCCGGACGUUAACUGCUGGCCCGGAGACCCAGCAGGACGGGCGCAGUUCGAGGCCCUCUACUACCCCGUUUCAUCGAAUUCCUCCUCCACCGCGCUAGGCCAGCAAUUCUCAGCGGCCGCCCUAUUCGGCGACGCCUGUAACCCCAAUGUGGGCGGGACGAAUGGCUCCGCGGCGUUUGUGAGCACGCCUGCUGUUGCACGCGAUAUGCUCUCGUUCAUUGAGGCGGAGCAGAGGGCUAAAAUCAAGAACCAAACCGCGCUCGAGGACCCGAAGCUCUGGUACUACGGCCUAAGCUACGGCACCGUGAUUGGGGCAACCUUCGCACAUCUUUUUCCCGAGCGCGUCGGGCGUAUGAUUCUGGACGGAGUCGUAGACCCCGAAGACUACUACGACCUCGGGUGGAAAAAGAACCUGUACGAUACAGACAAGGCCCUUAACUCGUUCAUCGAGUCGUGCUUCGAUGCCGGCAACAAGUCAUCCUGCGCAUUCUGGGGUCCAUCGACGGGAAAUAUCCGCUCGCGCCUCGACACCCUCCUCAACGACCUGAAAUACAACCCGAUUCCCAUUCCCGCUGGUCCCAAUUCCACCUGCCCUCUCCCAAUGCUCGCCAAAUACUCCGACCUCAAGCAGCUCGUCCUGGCGGCCGUAUACAGCCCGCUUGAGCUAUUCCCGCAGCUUGCAACUGUCCUGGCAGGUCUCGAAAGAGGCGAUACGACCGCAUACACAGCCGCCGUCGUCGGCCAAAUCCCUACGAACCCGUGCAACUAUGCCCCGGAGUCGAGCACGCUGAAUCCGGAUAUCAACACGCUCAUUAGAUGUGUUGAUGGGUUAGUGAAGGGCCAGCGGUUGAACGAUAUUAGCCAGUUCAAGGACUAUGUUGAUAUUCUCACGGAGCAAAGCGAGUUUUUCGGCGAGGUCUGGCCGAAUAAUGCCAAUGUGGCGCUGUGCAGGGCUCUUGAGGUGACGCCGCCAAAAACGGGGAUGCUCGAAGACUCAAUCCUCUCCCGCCGCCACACGGCAAGCCCGAUCCUCUUCGUAACGAACACGAUCGACCCCGUUUCGCCGGCAAGAGGUGCCCACAAAAUGUCCUCCGUCUUCCCCGGCUCCGUCGUGCUAACCCAGAACGCUGUCGGACACACGGCGUUCUCCAGUGCGUCGCGGUGCCUCUUCGGCUGGAUCCAGACGUACCUGCUGCAGGGGCAGUUGCCGCCGGUGAAUACGACGUGUCAGGCGGAUGUAGAGCCCUUCCAGAGCUAG